AAUCUCACUUUCCUCUGGCACGACGUGGAAACAGCAACCGUCUAUUCCCCAGCGAUUAGAGAAAAACAAUCACCAAAAUGACCACGGCACAUGCCAUAUUUUCCAAGGGAGAAGACUGCAAAGCUGGUUGGCACGACGCUAGUGCUGGUUACAAUGAGACCGACACUCAUCUCGAGAUUUUGGGCAAGCCUGUGAUGGAACGUUGGGAAACUCCGUACAUGCACUCGCUGGCAACUGUAGCCUCCUCAAAAGGUGGACGGGUUCUGGAGAUUGGAUUUGGCAUGGCCAUCGCCGCAACUAAAGUCGAGUCCUUCCCCAUUGAGGAGCACUGGAUCAUUGAGUGCAAUGAUGGAGUGUUUGCGAGAUUGCAGGAGUGGGCCAAGGCUCAGCCACAUAGAAUUGUGCCCCUCAAAGGACUGUGGGAACAGGUAGUAGGCGGUCUGCCUGACAACCACUUUGAUGGCAUUCUGUACGACACAUACCCUCUGUCUGAAGACACAUGGCACACUCACCAGUUUGACUUCAUCAAGGGCCAUGCCCAUAGGCUGUUGAAGCCCCGUGGUGUCCUCACCUACUGCAACCUAACCUCUUGGGGUGAACUUCUCAAGUCCAAAUAUGACAACAUCGACAACAUGUUCCAGGAGACCCAGAUGCCUCACCUGCUCGAGGCUGGCUUCAAGAGGGAGAAGAUUAGCACCACAACCAUGGAUAUUGUUCCUCCAAGUGAAUGCAAAUACUAUGCUUUCCGCAAGAUGAUUACACCCACCAUUCUGAAAGAGUGAAGUGGUUUGAUGCCACCGUAAUGUCUUUAUUCCUUUAAUUCUCAAGUGCCUGCAUUUUAAAAGCCACAUUGGUUUACUGUCAAAAAUCCAUAAGCACUCAGCGAUGUCCAUCUUACAAUAAACCAAUUUAAAUAACA